AUGACAACGUGGGUGCCAUUAGAGGCGAAUCCGGAGCUCUUCAACGCGUGGGCAUCAGCACUUGGCCUCGACACGUCUAAGUAUGCAUUCUAUGAUAUCUUCGGGCUUGAUCCCGAGCUGCUUGCCAUGGUACCAGGGCCCGUAGAAGCCGUGCUGCUGCUUUUUCCGCUCUCGCCCAAGAUUGAGGCGGCGCGUCAGGCGCGAGAGACGUGCCUCGCGCAGGACGACCUCUUGUGGUUUCCUCAGACCAUUGGCAAUGCAUGCGGCACUAUUGGUCUCCUGCACGCCAUCGCCAACUCGGCUGCGUCCCAGGCCGUGCAGCCUGACACGGCUCUAGCGCAUUUGCUGUCUCAGGCGCGUUCGGUGCCCGCGGAGGCUCGACCGGAUGUGCUGGUCCAAUGCGAGGCCCUGCGCAAUGCGCACGCCACGACAGCGGCUCAAGGCCAGACAACCGCACCGGACGCUGAUGACGAUGUCGACUUGCACUUUAUCGCGUUUGUCCGCAGUGCCUCGUCCGGCGCCCUUAUCGAGCUGGAUGGGCGCCAAUCACGCGGGCCUAUCGUGCGCCUACCGCAUAUCGAGGCUGAUGAACUUUUGCCCAAGGCUGCCGCCUAUAUCCAGCAGCACUAUAUGGCCGCCGACCCAGAUCAAGUCCAAUUUAACCUCAUUGCCCUAAGUGCGAGUGUCUAG